UUGGCUCCCAUUCCCCACGAAGAACAAGUUCAUCAUCCAAUCCCAACCCCAAUCCAAGCCCCGCAUUUGAUCGGACCAGCGUCCCCUCCCCACCCCGUCGAGGAUGCACAAGGCGUCGUCGCUGUCGGAGCUGGGCUUCGACGCCGGGGGCGCCUCGUCGGGCUUCUUCCGGCCGGUGGCCGACGGCUGCCCGGCCACCCCGACCUCGUCCGCCGUCCCGCACCGCCGCCUCACCAAGAUCUCCGUCGUCGGGGCCGGCAACGUGGGCAUGGCCAUCGCGCAGACCAUCCUCACCCAGAACCUGGCCGACGAGAUCGCGCUCGUCGAUGCGCUCCCCGACAAGCUCCGCGGCGAGGCGCUCGACCUGCAGCACGCCGCCGCCUUCCUCCCGCGCGUCCGCAUCGCCUCCGGCACCGACGCCGCCGUCACCAAGAACUCCGACCUCGUCAUCGUCACGGCCGGGGCCAGGCAGAUCCCGGGCGAGACCAGGCUCAACCUGCUGCAGAGGAACGUCGCCCUCUACCGCAAGAUCGUGCCGCCCGUCGCCGAGCACUCCCCGGACGCGCUGCUGCUCGUCGUCUCCAACCCCGUCGACGUCCUCACCUACGUCGCCUGGAAGCUCUCCGGCUUCCCGGCCAGCCGCGUCAUCGGCUCCGGCACCAACCUCGACUCCUCCCGCUUCAGGUUCCUCAUCGCCGAGCACCUCGACGUCAACGCGCAGGACGUGCAGGCAUACAUGGUGGGUGAGCACGGUGACAGCUCGGUGGCGAUCUGGUCGAGCAUCAGCGUGGGCGGGAUGCCGGCGUUCAAGUCGCUGCGCGACAGCCACCGGAGCUUCGACGAGGCGGCGCUGGAGGGCAUCCGGCGCGCCGUGGUGGGCGGCGCCUACGAGGUGAUCGGCCUCAAGGGGUACACCUCUUGGGCCAUUGGCUACUCUGUCGCUAGCCUCGCCGCUUCCCUCCUCCGCGACCAGCGCCGCGUGCACCCUGUCUCUGUCCUUGCCUCGGGCUUCCAUGGCAUCUCAGACGGCCACGAGGUGUUCCUCAGCCUGCCUGCCCGCCUAGGCCGUGGCGGCAUCCUCGGUGUUGCCGAGAUGGACCUCACCGAGGCUGAGGCCGCCCAGCUCCGGCGCUCCGCCAAGACGCUCUGGGAGAACUGCCAGCUUCUCGACCUCUGAGCGAGGAACGCCAGUUGAUCUACUUGCUGUAAAAUCAUGAAGCAUUUGCAAGAACUCUAGUACUAUA